UAAAUACACGCAAAAAAUUGACUUCCAUGUGAAACAUGUCCGUUCUAAUUGUAACAAUAUGUCUAUUCUUGUUCAUUACAAUAUUUUCUCUUCUACUAAAAAUCAAAAGUGUACUAAAAAAUCGCAGUGAACUAAAACGAAUUCCUAGACCAGAAGAUAAAAACUUCAUUAUUGGGAAUGUUGCUCACUUACAGACGUCAUUAGAUGCUUCGUUCAAAACCUUUCGAGAAUGGGCAAAAUCGUACUAUCCAAUUUAUACAAUUACUAUGCUUCACGUCAUUGUUCCAUGUAUAUUACAUCCAGACGAUUUUGAGCUCAUACUUUCCAAUCCAAAACAUAUGGAAAAAAGCGCUGCUUAUAACGUUUUCCAUGGUUGGCUAGGUACUGGCCUCCUCACAAGUACCGGUCAAAAGUGGCAGAACAGAAGAAGAAUUUUAACACCAGCGUUUCAUUUUAGCAUUUUGCAGCAAUUCGUUGAAAUAUUUAAUAAGCAAACAGACGAUUUAGUGAAAACUUUUGGCGAAUUGUGUCUUCAAAUGCACGUUUCAAUUGACAACUACAUUGCAGAGUUUACACUGAAAACCAUAGCAGAAACUGCAAUGGGAACAAAAUUAAAAUUUAUCAAACAAAAAGAAAUAGAGUACAGACAGGCAAUUAUAGUCAUGGGGCAAAUAGCAGCCUAUAGAUUAUUAUAUACUUGGUUUCUAAAUAGCUUUAUUAAUUUAUUUAGUCCGAAUUAUUUGAAAGGGAAGAAGGCCAUUAAAACCUUGCAAAAUUUCACUCGGCAUAUCAUAGCAGAACGGACACAGGAAAUUGAAAAACUCCGCUAUAGUCCUGAUAAUCAUGAAGUUUACAAGGGAAAGAAACGAUUGGCUAUGUUGGAUUUGCUUUUAACGGCUAAGAACGAAGAAAACAGUAUCGAUGAUAGAGGAAUAUGUGAAGAAGUAGAUACUUUCAUGUUCGAAGGUCACGAUACCACUGCCGCAGCUUUAAGCUUUUCGCUGAUGCUUAUAGCUUGUCACAAAAAUGUGCAAGAUUUAAUAGUUGAAGAAAUUGAGACUGUAUCAGGAGGGAUAAGUAAAAAUCCAACUUUCGAUGAUCUUCAACAAAUGAAAUAUUUAGAACGAGUUUUAAAGGAGGUUUUGAGGUUGUAUCCAAGUGUUGCCGUGAUUUCUAGAAAACUCGGAGAAGAAUUAGUUACUGCUACGGGAUAUAAGAUCCCUAAAGAUACGUUCGUCCACUUACAUAUUUACGACUUGCAUCGCAAUCCUGAAUUCUAUCCAGAUCCUGAAAAGUUUGAUCCUGACAGAUUCUUACCAGAAACUACCAAAAACAGACAUCCUUUUGCUUAUUUACCUUUUAGUGCUGGAACUAGGAACUGUAUUGGACAGAAGUUUGCUAUCUUGGAACUUAAAGCGGCUUUGUAUGGAAUAUUGUCUAAAUAUGUUCUAGAACCGGUCGAUACUCCUGACACGAUAACUCUUGUAAUGGAUGUUGUACUAAGAACUAAGGACGAAAUCAAAGUGAAAUUUGUGGCGAGAUUUUAAAUACAAAUAUCUUAUAAAAGUU